UGUAGAUGGAUCUCGUGGAAUAAGUGGCGGUGCUGGAGCUACUGGUCCUGUUGGAGCAGCGGGUAGGAGAGGAGAAGCGGGCGAUGCUGGACCGACCGGCAGAGUUGGGAGACCUGGACCGAUGGGACAACAGGGCGCUGAGGGUGAACCUGGCGAAGCAGGAGAAACUGGAAUUCGAGGACCUAAUGGUGUCUCUGGCGAUCGUGGUCUCGCUGGCACUCCGGGACAAAGUGGAGCAGAUGGUCCACAAGGGGACCCGGGAGCCCCUGGUGCGUCUGGCUUUGAAGGGAAAAUGGGCAUGAUUGGUUCCAUUGGAGAUCAAGGGCCAACAGGUCUUAAAGGAUUUAGGGGUCAAGAAGGAGCCGCCGGUUUACAUGGGAUCAGUGGAAAUACAGGUUCUCAGGGAGCUCAAGGAGUCAUUGGUCAAAAGGGAUAUCGUGGAGAGGAAGGCGACAGCGGAGGACCAGGAGGACCCGGGGCAACGGGAAUGAUGGGAGAACCUGGACCAGCGGGAGGAGCUGGUGAUCAAGGAAGUAGUGGAAAAACUGGUCGCAAUGGAAACAAGGGUGCUGUUGGUGAUCCUGGUCCCCCAGGGGACAACGGAGGCAGGGGCUCACCGGGAGCCCAGGGCCAGCCUGGACCUCCUGGUCCACCCGGAACUGCUGGGUCAAUUGGUGAUUUUGGCUUAGAUGGAGCUGCGGGCUACUCAGGGCCAGUUGGAAUGAGGGGCAAUGUUGGACCGAUUGGUAAGGCAGGAAUCCAAGGUGCAGCGGGAGCAAAGGGAGAAAUAGGAGAACAAGGAAAGGAAGGAAUAGACGGAAAAGCUGGCAUAGAUGGUGAGGUAGGAGCAGCUGGCUCUCCAGGGAAGUCUGGCGAACGCGGUUCCACUGGAAGUCCUGGUGAAUCUGGUAAAGCAGGAAAACCUGGAAGAGUUGGAUCUAAGGGCCUUGACGGCGACUUGGGAGCAGCUGGAUCACAGGGAGAUGUUGGUCCAACUGGACCGGAGGGUCCAAAAGGCGAAGAAGGAGCCACUGGAACCGAAGGCACUGUGGGUGUUCCAGGUCAGCGUGGCUCGCGAGGAUCUGACGGCAACCCUGGUGCCACGGGCGAUCCUGGAGAAUCAGGUGAUGAUGGAAACGUCGGUUCAAGAGGACAAAAGGGAGACGCGGGUGAUACGGGUGACACUGGCCCAGACGGGAGCCUGGGACCAAAGGGUCAAAAAGGCUCCAUUGGUCCACGAGGAGAUAGUGGGUUAGAAGGAGCUGUGGGUGCUGAUGGGCCACGUGGUCGGGUCGGUGAAAGAGGGGACGAAGGUUUUGAGGGACCAACAGGAAUGUCUGGAUCCGUAGGAUUGAAGGGAGAUCGUGGUCGCCAGGGCGAAGACGGUCAAGAGGGUCCCGCAGGUGGAAGAGGACCUCCUGGUUCACCAGCCGUUCUUCCAGCUGAGUUUGCGGGACAGUUUUCAUUCCCAGGUUACCAACAAGAUUACAGCGAUCCUGCCUCUCUCCAAACAGAAAAAUCUGGUUCUAGGAGGUUGUACCGAAGCGGCGAACAGGACACUGAGACCGAAACCAAGCCUCAGAUUGACCUUUACGACGUGAUCAGUUAUCGUAUAGACAUGUAUAAGAAUCCCAACGGCUCCCAAGCAUUCCCCGCAAGGACCUGUCGAGACUUGCACAUGAGCUAUCCUGAACUUAAAAGCGGACUCUAUUGGAUUGAUCCUAAUGGUGGGAUAGCAAACGAUGCCAUCGAAGUUUAUUGUGAAUUCCAAACCAACGGGUCCUGCCUGUAUCCGGGACAAGAAAACCAGCCGUUUGUAACUGACAAGAAGAAAUGGUUCAGCGGUAGCGAUGGAUACAAAUGGCUAGGCAAAGAACUGCUCGGACUUGACAAGCUUGAAUACGUGUCGGAGCAAAGUCAGCUGGAGUUCCUCCAGCUGUUAAGUGAUCGUGCCCGCCAGCGGAUUACGUAUCACUGCAAGAACUCAGUAGCAUGGCCUGAGAAGAGUUCGAAUGAAGGGAUAAAGUCCAUCAAGAUGCUAACUGUUAAUGGGCUUGAACUGCACGCGAGAUCCUCAAACAAAUUUAAACCGACACUAGUGGGGGAUGACUGUGCGUUGAAAGACGGAUCUUGGCAUCGUACCACAUUGGAAGUGGACACACCCAAACCUCACCGUCUCCCCGUUCUUGAUGUAGCUGUAUAUGAUAUUGGAGAUAGUGGAGAGGAAUUUGGUCUAGAAUUCGGACGCGUUUGCUUCUCUUGAUGGACAAAAAUGCAUGUCAAACUGUACAUUGUUGUUAUAGAGGUGCAGUGAUUAAAACUUGAGACUGUAAGUUAUUGAGUUCAAGCGAGAGAAGCAGUCCUUAGCGGCUGCUGCAUGUUAAAAAACGUAGUUUUUGGGACCUUCCAAGCGCAGUUGUUUAAAUAAAAGUUGUUUCAUCCUUAUAAUAAGUAAGUUUCGUAUGGAAUCACGAUGAAUAAGAUUUGGAAGAUUAAGUGGCCAAAUGAAGGAUGAUCACUAUAGAAAAUGAAACUUCACAUUAAUUUACUUCAUCAAAAGCUAAACAGGCUUUGAAACAGUUCGCCCUUGUUCAGUAAUCAGUCAUAAAUAAAUGAAUAAAUUCGAUUUUAAAAUUG